AUGCGGCUUUCUGGGCAACCGUGUGCGGACACACACCUUCCCUGCUGCCCACUGACCAGUAGAUCCAAGAGGACGCUUCUGCCUAGCACUGAGGACGGGAGGGUGAGGCUGUGGCUUCCAGGAGGAUGGCUCACAUUGCUGCUGCUGCUGCUGUGUCCCCUGCAGACACCCGCGGGGAGCAUUGAGGCUGCUCUUAAGGUCGACCUUGACUUAACGCCAGACUCCUUUGAUGAUCAAUACCAAGGCUGUGGCAAACAGGUCAUGGAGGAGCUAAGCCAAGGAGACUACUUCAUGAAGGAAAUAGACACUCAUAAGUAUUACUCCAGAGCAUGGCAAAAAGCCCACCUAACCUGGCUGAGCCAAGAGGGGGUCCUCCCGGAGAGCAUGACGACCAUGCAUGCUGUGGCCAUCUUGGUCUACACCUUGAAUCACAAUGUCAGCUCUGCUUUUGCCAAGGCCAUGGCCGGGGCUGGGGGGUCUCCCGGGCAGUACAGACGGUCAUUCCACUUUAAGUAUCUGCACUACUAUCUCACCUCAGCCAUCCAGCUGCUGAGGAAAGAGAGCACCACAAAGAACAGCAGCCUGUGCUACAAGGUACACCAUGGGAUGAAGAACAGGAAGUUAGCAGUCAACGUCGGUGCCACCGUUCGAUUUGGCCAGUUCCUUUCGGCCUCCCCGGUAAGGGAGGAGACACAGGUGUCUGGGAACCAAACACUGUUUACUAUUGUUACAUGCCUGGGAGCCUCUGCGCGAGCCUUCUCUCUCAGGGAGGAAGUCUUGAUCCCCCCCUACGAGUUAUUUGAAGUAGUAAAUAAGAGCCACAGCCCCAAAGGAGAUUUGAUAAACUUGCGGUCUGCUGGGAACCUGAGCACAUACAACUGCCAGCUGCUAAAAGCUUCCAGCAAGAAAUGCACCCCUGACCCAAUGGUUACUGUUUGCCUCUUUUUGGCCAGUGUUGUUCUCUCUUCCAAAACCAGAGAGCUCCUUUUCAAAGAAACCAUCUAA